GGUAACCUGACGCUGCUGUGAUGGAGGAGUGAGGCUGACACAGCCGGUCGUCUGCUGCACGUGUCUUGCUGUUACUGCUGUGUUCAGACAUAACUGUCUUUACUGCUGUGAUCAUGAGUCUCCUGAGUCGUGCUGUGUGCCGCCUGCGGUCCUGUGUGCUGCCAGUGAUGGCUGUGAAGGCAGGAAUGGCACCCUCACGAGCCCUGGCCCGCAGCUUGGUGGUUCUCUCUUCUAACCGCAGCCGCAGUCCUCGCUCCUCACAUCUCUGCUCCUGCGGCUGCGGCAUCCAUGGUCUGCACACUAGGGGUGACCGUGAAUUGGUAGAAUUCUUGCAAGAGGAGAUUGUUGCUGAGAAAAAGACUGUAAGAGGGAGUAUUCCUCAGCAUCUUGACGAUUUUGCUGUCAAAUUAAAAGAUGCGGAGGUCAUCCUCACCAAGAAUUUUCAUGAUGAAAAAAUUACAAUCUCCUUGAAUGUGAAUCACACUGUUGAGUCCGAGGAACAAGAAAUUAAUGUGGAACAGACAGAGGAAGCAAAUCUGACAAGUCGGCCAAGCUUUGAAGUUGAUAUACAGAUUGGUUCAAAAAUUUUGUCAUUUACUUGUUCAUACACAACACCUAGUGAUGUUGUAGAGGGACAGGACCAAGUUGAAGAUGUCUUUGGAAUCAGUGAGUUAACAAUAUAUGAAGGAGAGUGGGCUGAGAGUACUUACUGUGUUUCAGGAGACAUCUUAGAUGGGAUGAUGUAUGACCUUCUAAUGAACAUGCUGGAGGAAAGGGGCAUUACAAGUGAGUUUGCCGAGAAGCUAAGCAGCCUAUGUUCUAAUUACGAGCAUGUUCUCUAUGUAUCAUUACUUCAGCAAGUUCAAGACUUUGUCAAGAGGAAAUAAUAGUGAGGCCUGUCAUUAUAUAUCCAUUUGUCUGGCAAAUUUAUUCUGCAGUAAGGCCAAAGAAAAGCUCCGAAAGGAUUCUGUAUUAAGUUUUAUAGGAAAAAUAAGUAAUUAAUUAGGAGAAUAGUACUUGCUUUGAAAAUAUAAAUUCAGAUUUUAAACUUAAAAAGUGCACAUAGAAAACUUUCAUAAAAUACAUCUUAUCAAAUUUGGCCUACCUGUUUUGUGUGCUGGAUAUAAGAGAGGCUGUAGUAACUGAAGAAUAUAUUGAGGGGAUAAAUUUAUGCAGAUUUUUGUAUUUGUUUCUACAGCUUAGUGGUUAAUCUGUCAUGUUAAAAUAUUUGUAACAUCUUUGGUUAAAUAUGAUUAUGUACAGAUAAUGUGUAGCUUAUGAAGAUGUUUUGUAUUAUUAAAAUAAAAAAGUAUUUCUU